GGCAUCAUCUAAACUAGGCCGGUCCUCCCUUUUCUUCUACAGAGAGAGAGAGAGAAACCUGCUUCGAGGUCUCUCUGCUCUUUCCUCUCAUGGGCAAACAUAAGCAAAAUAGCAGCAGUCAGUGGUGGUGGCGCUGCGACCACGUCCUAGCAAUCUCGCAAGUUGCAAUGUCCACGCAUUCAAAUCCCAUCUACGCAACCCCACCAACCGCAAAUCCAAACCCAGAUCACCAUAUUCAAGAUCGACGAGAUCCCUCGAACACCCAUCACGCCAUUCCCGGAUUCUUCCAUGCUGAACUGAAGAACGUGCAGAACCCAUGAGCCCCAGUCGCCCGCCAUGUUAAACCCCCUCAAACCCAGAACCCCAUCUCUCGUUCACCUCCAAAGUCGUCGCUCCUCUCUCUGCUCCUCCUCGGAAACGAGCUCUCACCCCGACUUGGUGUCCAAAGUUUCGAGCUUUCUGCGCGUUGGCCACUGGCAGAAGAAUCCCGAGCUCAUUCGCGUGAGCGCGGAGUUGAAGCCCCACCAUGUGUCCGAAAUCGUGCAGUGGCAUGAUAGCAUCGGCUCUGCUCUGCAAUUCUUCUUCUGGAUAUCUAAGCGGCAUUUCUACAAACACGACGCGCGCUGCUUCGCGUCGAUGUUGAAUAGGCUUGUCCGGGACCGGUAUUUUGCGCCGGUGGAUAAGGUUAGGAUCAUGAUGAUCAAAGCUUGUAGGAACGAGGGGGAGCUGAAGCGGGCUCUCGAGUGUUUGAAUGAGAUUAGUGGAAAGGGUCUUACCUUGACGUUGUACAGUUAUAAUACUCUUUUGUUACAGCUGGGGAAGUUUGGGAUGGUUGGUUUAGCUCAGAACACGUACACUCAGAUGCUUAAUGAUGGUAUUAAACCUAGCCUGUUGACAUUCAACACGAUGAUUAAUAUGUUGUGUAGGAAGGGCAUGGUUCAAGAAGCCAUGUUGAUAUUCAGUAAGAUUUUUCAGUAUGACAUGCGUGCAGAUACUUUUACUUAUACGUCCUUGAUUCUUGGGCAUUGUAGGAAUGAGGAUAUAGAUUCGGCUUUUGAGGUUUUUGAUAGGAUGACAAGGGAAGGUUGUGAUCCGAAUUCCGUUACAUAUUCGAAUCUGAUCAAUGGGUUGUGCAAGGUAGGGAGGGUGGGUGAGGCGCUUGAUAUGCUUGAUGAAAUGAUCGAGAAAGGGAUCGAACCAACUGUUUAUACUUACACAGUCCCGAUCACCACUUUAUGUGAGGUUGGACUAGUGAAAGAAGUAAUGGAGCUUGUGAGUAGCAUGAAGAAGAGAGGCUGCAGUCCAAAUAUUCAGACUUAUACAGCUCUUAUUAGUGGAUUCUCUGAUGCAGGGCUGUAUGAAUUAGCAGUUGGAAUGUACCAUAAAAUACUGAAGCUAGGUCUGACGCCAAACACUGUCACUUACAAUGCCUUAAUAAAUCUGCUAUGUCUAAGUGGAAGAUUUGAUGAUGCAUCGACAAUUGUUCGUAGGUUGGAGAGACUUGGUUGUGUGCCCAACAUUCAGACCUUCAAUGAAAUAAUAAGGGGGUUAUGCUUAGUUGACGAGAUGGAGAAAGCAAUGGUUCUUUUUGAUAAGAUGCUCAAAUUUGGUCCAUUUCCAAACGUGAUAACAUACAACACACUCAUUGGUGGGUACCUAAAACAGGGUUCUCUUAACAAUGCAGCUAGACUAUUGGAUUUUAUGAAGGAGAAUGGAUGUGCAGCAGAUGAGUGGACAUACAGUGAAUUGAUAACUGGGUUUUGUAAAGCUGGCAAGUUAAGUUCAGCUUUUGAUCUUUUCAAUGACAUUGUGGGACACGGGAUCAGUCCUAAUCAUGUCAUUUACACAGCUUUGAUUGAUGGAUGCUGCAAGGAAGGGAAGGUCGAUAAUGCCUUGCACAUAUUUGAAAAGAUGGGGGAAAAUGGUUGCUUGCCUAGUAUUGAAACAUACAAUGCCAUUAUUAGCGGUUUGAGCAAAGCAAAUCGCGGUGCUGAAGCUGAAAAGCUAAUUGGUAUGAUGGAAGAUCAAGGACUUCAACCAAAUGUUAUUACCUAUACAUCGUUAAUUGACGGGCUCUCUCGAAAUGGAGGGAUUGACUGUGCAUUUCAGAUUUUUCAUGAAAUGGAAAGAGGAAAUUGCUUGCCGAAUUUGUUAACUUACAGUUCACUGAUUUUUGGCUUGUGUCAGGUGGGUAAGCCAGAGAAUGCUGAGAAACUAUUGGAACAGAUGGAGAGGAAGGGUUUGUUUCCUGACCAUGUAACGUUCACCUCUUUAAUUGAUGGAUUCGUCAUGAUUGGCAAACUAGAUUAUGCAUUCUUGCUUUUUAAGCUUAUGGUAGCUAGAGGCUGUGAACCGAACUUUCGGACUUUUACUGUUUUGCUUAAAGGUCUGCAAAAGGAAUGCCAGUUGUUCUCAGAAAAGGCUGUUGCACAACAGGAAGCUGCUUAUACUUGCGUCUCUGAUGAGAGUUACUCUGCUAUCAACUUGUUUGUGCUCUUAAAUCGCUUGUCUGAGAUCAGAUGUGAACCCACAGCUAACAUGUACAGUGAGUUGAUAAAGGGCUUGUGUAGGGAAGGUAGAUGUGCGGAGGCAGAUCAGUUGGUGGAAAACAUGGAGCAGAAAGGCUUGUAUCCCAACAAGGAGGCCUAUCAGUAUUUGUUAAUUUCGCAUUGUAGAGAUUCCCAAGUUGAUCCUGCCUUGAGAAUCUUUGAUUUGAUGGCAGUUAGAGGCUUUGAGUGUCGCCUAUCGACAUUUAAGGCACUCAUCUCUGCUCUCUGCAGGGUAGAUCGCUUUGGUGAGGCGAAAGCAUUAUUUGAGAGAAUGCUUGAUAAAGAAUUGAAUGUAGAUGAGAUUGUUUGGACAGUAUUGAUCGAUGGCUUGCUGAAGCAAGGAAAUACAGAUUUCUGCAUGGAGUUCCUCCACAUCAUAGAAUCCAAAAAUUGCAUGAUUAGCUUUCAUACAUACAUGAUGCUGGCAAGAGAAUUGUCCAAAAUAGACAAGUCAGUAGAAGCUGAUUGCAUAGCUGAGAAAUUGAAAGCUUUCAGGUACACCAAUAAAAAUAAGAUUGUCUCGCUGUAACAUCAGCAUUCACCAGAAGGGAAGUUCUUCGAGAUGACAGUGCUGCCUGCUCUGCGGGCACAGCCCAAUUGGCCAUGGUAAUUUUGCUUUUCUGGCAUGGAGCUGCUUCUAAUUUUCAUGGCAAUCACAUUCUGAAUAAUUGCUGACAAGUCUCGUCAACCGUGCAUCUGCUACCAUUGCAACAAAUUGAUAGGAUUGGCAAAACUUGCAUUUCUUGGAGAGGUGAUUGUGGUCAAGCUUGAUUUGGAAUGGUCACCCUAUGCCAAGCACCGGCUUAAGGUGGGUAUCAUAUUACAGCUAUCAUACCCCUCGAGUUUUUUUCAUUUUAUGCAUCCAUUAUCUCGACCUUCAAAAUCAUGUCUUUUUUUUACCGUCUAAGUUGGAGAAAAUUGGGUGUCACAAUAUGGACACUACCCGUGCACUUAUUCUUGUCUGGCCAAGUUUUGCUGAUAAAGAAAAAAGAAUAUUCUAAAUCUUCUGAUUGUGCAAUUUAAGGCUUUUACUUUUAUAUGGUACAAUUUGGUCGCUAUGAGGCGUUCAACUUUAUUAGUGUUUCUUGGGCAUUUUUUGCAAUUGGAAACAAUUUUGGCAUGUCAUAAGAAGACCUUAAACAUCUAACACUUGUCUCUUAGACAACCUGGAGUUUAGUAAACGCAGAGAUAUGUAUUUUGAUGCCAAAUAAGACCAGAAAAUAAAUUAAGCAUGAAUGUCUGAUUGUUGUUAUAUAUCAAGGAAAAACAUUCCUGAUAGUGGCUAGUUAAUCUCUUGUAUGAAAUGAAAUGAACUUUUUAUGCACUGAAAUAGAUGGAGCACAGGUUUUUAGAGUGACUUUGUGAGUGCCUAGCCCCUGCAUAAAUAGUGAAUGAGUUAUUAUUCACUGGAUUAUAGACAUGGGACCUGACUAUUUUGAGAGGUCAAGUCCACUGUUUAGGUAGACUUGGAUGAGGCAUUAUUUCAUUUGGCGGGCCGACCCGAAGUGAUGAAAAGUUUGUUUUGGACAAGUGGCUCUUCUAUACUACCUAGCCUAGCACAUCGAUUGUUGCCCAAUCCCAAAAUAUUAUUCUUACUCUGUCUAGGUUCUGUCCAACCCUAAAUUUUAUUUGUACUUUAUCAGGGAUUUGCAUUCGAUGAGUAAGCUCGGGAACGCUUUUGAGUUUUGCACCCGGCCUGACCUGAUAAUUGAGUAUAUAGAAUUUUCAGAGGACCCUGCUCAAUCUUGGAAUAUUCUUAUUAUGCCCUUGUUUGAUCGGACCUCAGUGCAGCAAUAUAAACAAAUUCUCCAUCUUUCUUAAGCAGCAGGGCUAGUGAAGUACCUGAUAUGGCUUCCUUGUGAACACUUAUAUACUGGAGGAAUGAAGAAACUAAAGUUUGAUUGAUGUAAGUUUAGACUCCUAUUUGACAUUGUAGAUGAACGUAGCACAUUCGACUACUUCAGCACACGGUUGACCUAAGUUAUAACUGAACUGUUGUGGUCCAAAGUUCGAGUAAAGAGCAGGAGCUGUGACAUUCUGUUCAUAGGAAAUUUAUGGCUAUACCUGGUUUAUGAAAUGUCUUAUCCCAAAUUUGUCCACUCAUGUCUUUAUUUACAUCUUGUUGAAUAGCUGAUUUGUAGAUUAUAAGUAUCUGCGGAUUACACUUCAAAUUAAAUUUAUUUUUGCUCUUGAAAUUUUUCCGUUUUGCUUUUGAAGUUUUUCUGCUAUAACCUUACAAACAAUGAAGCACAGUGGAGAUUUUAAUGAUUGAUUUUUGACUUCUCAUACUUUAAAGAUGAAUUUUCUUGUCUAAAGCAAUGCUUCUAUAAUUGUUAACUCAAUUUUUUACUACGAGUUGAAGUUUAUGCAAUCUCAAGUUCGGAUUUGUUUAGAGAAGAUGAUAGAGUUUGUAAUAUUAGUAGUGGUGACGAUUGCACAGUUUUUAGUAUGAUUAAUCCAAGUAGAUGUUCUUGAUUUCAGUGUCAAAUUCUCAAAAGUAGUCUUUUUUACUCUCUUCCUUCUUUUGCUUCAAGUUAAGAGUCUCUCAUCCCUUUUGUGGUCGCAUUAGGUUUUGUAUAACUCACUUCUAUAAGCUCUUUUUGCCAAGCUGAAGGAAGAAGUAUACAGGGUUAACAUUUUGGAAGAGAAAUGUUUGCAACACUAUAUAUUCACCAGAGUGGUUCUGCCAGAAGCACACCACAAUUACAAUGAUUGAACUGUGUUUCUUGGCCAUUUGAAGCUUUCCUCUUGCCUGGCAGACAGCACAGCUGAAUGUUGAUGUAAUGAAGUACAGUUUAUGUGCCAUAGCCCCAACAAAGAAGAAGAAGAGCCAAGCAAGGGAGGGGGAGGAGGAGAAGUAGAGCUCAUAUCACCAUCAGUGAUGAAUUCUUUAUUGUAUAUCGGUAGAUGUUUAAUCAUACUAGUCAAGCCUCAGUAAAAAUAAGUGAUCGAGAAAAUAAUUGCCGCGUUCUGGUCUAAUUAUAUAAAGGUGCUCCUUAAUGGGGAUGGAGGUUUCCCUAGUUAAGUUGUCUCUCCUAUUCCUUAUGCACUUUUAGGCUAUGCAAAAAAGUGGUGCGUCAAGCACUAGUAAUCUACUCUUCAAUUUUGACAAGGGUGUCCAUUUGGGUGAUCUUGGGGGGUAUUUGAGGAUCAGAAGUCUAGCGUUUGAUCUUUAAAUGUAGGUUGAUGGAGUUUCUGGGUUUUUGUAUCACAGAGAUAUCGAGUUGUCAUCAGAA